UGUGUGUGUGACUAUGAGUGUGUGAGAGUGUGAGUGUGUGUGUGUGUGUGUGUGCGCGCGCGCGUGUGUGUGUGUGAGUGUGUGCGCGUGUGUGUGUGUGUGUGAGUGUGUGCGCGUGUGUGUGUGUGUAAAAUAUAUCCAUAUUUUGUUUUACGACUUGAAUGCAUGACAUGUCAUAAUAAGAAAUGCCCAACUCGGAUGUCAGAGCUUCCCAGGUGCAAGGCAGCAAUACUUGCAAUAGCACUUCAGCUGACAUUAGUAUAAAAUAUCUUCUACAGUCAGUUUUCUCUUUUAAGUCAAAUACUGUCAAGCAGCAGUUGAGCUGAGAAAGCUAGUUAAAGUUAGUUAAACUGUUGCAAAUGCAGCUACAUUUGAAAGGUCAAUCAACACUGUGAGGUUUGUUUAUCACCACAGUAACGCAAGAGCGCACGUUGAGAAUGUACAGCGGGAUUGUGCACUUGCAAUGCAUUGCAUGAAGUAUGUUUCUACUUCUGCUUUUUCCCCUCCUGAAAGCAUCAAGUCUGGCCAAUCAACUGAUGGCUCUGCCCAGAAAUCAGCCCUCCGCAAGUCGGUAUCUGGCGACAUGGCCAAAAAUAAGAAAGGCAAGAAAGCAAAUGAGGACGCCAUGAACAAAGUGUACACUAACCUGCUCAACAGCGUCUUUGGACAGGAGAGAGAGUUAUCACAGCCAGAGCUGGACGAGCUUUCUGAUGCGUUUAAGGAGUUUGAUUACGAUCAGGACGGAUAUCUGAAUUAUAAAGAUCUGGCCGAGUGUAUGAGGACGAUGGGAUACAUGCCAACAGAGAUGGAGCUUCUGGAGAUUAUUCAACAGAUUAAAAUGAGGCUCGGGGGUCUGAUGGAUUUCGAUGAUUUCUGUGAGUUAAUGGGACCUCGGAUGAUGGUGGAGACGGCUGAUAUGUUGGGACUCAAAGAAAUCAAAAGUUCCUUCAGUCAGUUUGACACAGAUGGAGAUGGAAAGAUCUCUCUAGAUGAGAUGAAGGAGGCCGUGAAGUCUCUGUUAGGAGAGAAACUCAAGAAGGGAGAACUAGAGGACAUCCUGAAGGAGCUGGACCUCAACGGUGACGGGACGGUGGACUUUGAUGUUUGUGAUGAUGCUGUCGAUUCGGUAACCACCGUCAUCUCUCAUCCAAUGAGAUGUUAGAUAGCUGCAGGUGCAGUCGUGAUGUCAUUACAAACACUCUCAAACUGUUCUCAUUGGCUCCUGACCAAACUCUUCCAGAAAUUAUCUGCAAACUUAUUUAGAUGUUUUCUGAAUGAUUGAUUGAAUACAUACUAUAUAUGACUCUGAAUGAAAUGUAUUUAUAUAUAUAGAAAUAUUACAUAAUAUUAAACAUCAGUAGGCCUUUGAACAAGUGUACAUAAUG